AUGAGUGAACUGGGUGAAAAAGCUAUUUCUGAUCAUGAAUCAUAUGAUUCGACUCUUAUGGAUGACUAUGACAACGCCCUUAAAUUCAUCAACCAACAUCAAAACCAACAACUCACAAACAUUGAUCCUGCUAAAGUUACCAGAAAAUUAGAUUUAGUAAUCUUACCAUUAUUAUGUUGUAUUUAUUUCUUACAAUUCCUCGACAAGACAUUAUUAAAUUAUGCUGCUGCUAUGGGGAUCAAAGCCAAUUUAGUCGGUAAUCAAUUCGCCAACCUUUCAACCAUCUUUUAUGCCUCAUAUAUCUUUGGUGAACCAAUAAUUGCCUAUUGUUUACAAAAAUUCCCCCUUUCGAAAGCAUUAGGGACAUUUAUCAUCUUAUGGGGGAUAGUUGUUGCUUGUCAUUCCGCCUGUACCACAUAUGCUUCAUUAAUGGUUGUCCGUACCUUAUUGGGGAUCUUUGAAUCUUCCUCCGCUGUGGGGUUGAUUAUUAUUAGUGGGAUGUAUUAUACAAAACCUCAACAAGCUGCCAGAAUGGGGAUUUGGUCGGUUAUGGCUGGUGCAGCUACGAUUGUUGGUGGGUUGUUAUCAUUUGGGUUCCAACAUGUUACUACUGUUAGAUUCAAAUCAUGGCAAAUUUUAUUCCUUGUUAUAGGGAUAAUUACCGUCGUGUUUGGAGUGGUUGUAUUGUUCGUAUUGCCAGAUAAUGUCCAUACCGCAUGGUUUUUGAAUGAAGAAGAGAAAUUACAAGUUUUGGAAGUUGUACGUGAAAAUCAAACCGGUACCAAGACUUCCAAAUUCAAAAAAGAACAAAUUAAAGAAUUAUUAUUCAAAGAUAAAUUCACUUGGGUAUAUUUCUUAUUAACAAUUUGUUCCCAGAUCGUAACGGGUGCAAUUGGAACUUUUAGUGUUACAAUCACAUUAUCAUUCGGAUUUGAUAAUUAUCAAUCGGCUUUAUUACAAUUACCCGUCGGUGCCCUCAUCAUUAUCAUCAUCCUUACCGUCACCCAAUUAGUCUCUCAUUAUGGUCAUAUCGCCUACAUCGCCACUUCCAUGUUUAUCCCCACCAUCAUAGGUGCAAUCGUUUUGUUGUGUAACCCAAAUAGAGUUGGGAACUUAAUGGCUAUGUAUUUGUUAUAUAGUGGAUCCUCAGUCAUUACAUUAAUCUAUGCUUGGAUUAGUGCAAAUACUGCCGGAACUUCAAAGAAGUUCUUUAGGAGUGCAAUGACAAUGAUUGGGUUUUCAAUUGCAUGUAUUAUUGGUCCACAAUUGUUUCAAGCCUAUAGUGCCCCUGGAUAUCAUCCUGCUAAGAUUGUUAUAUUGGUGACACAAUGUGUUUGUGUGCCUUUGACUUUGGGAUUAGGGUGGAUGUUAAAGAAGGAGAAUGACAAAAGAGAUGGGGAGGAGAAGAAGGGUGAAUUACCGGAAAAUUAUGAAUUUUUGGAUAUGACUGAUAUUCAAAAUAGAAAUUUCAGAUAUACUCAUUAA